AUGCCCCAGGCAGCACUAUCAUGUGGGGGCCCAUGCACUUUGAGAAGAGGCAGCUGACAUGACUCAAGAAGCUGCUGUGUGACCAUUUCUGCACCGACAACAAAAAUUGUCACUUUUUAAAAAGACACCAAAAGGAGAGAAGAUGCUGCUUUAAUGACUGGCUGUCAAACACUUUGAGAAGCUGCAGCUGACGUGACGUCUGAAGCUGCUGUUUGACAAUAAAAGAUUGAAAAGUGAAGCGAAACCAAAAGCUUAUGAAUUCAAGAAAAAUCAUGAAAAAGAAAGAUAAAGUUGUUUUAAUGAGGAAAAAAAUGUAUCUAAUUACAUUGUAAUAAGUGGUUUUCAGUGCAGUCUGGAUGUGAUGGACACCUCUUCUAAUAUGUUCCUGUGAUGGUUUGUGUUGGCUGUGAGGUUUAGUGAUGUUUGGCUGAAAGUGUAAAGGCCUAAAAAUAAAGUGCAGUGGUUUUUUUUUUGGUGGUGGUGGUGGUGGUGGUGAGGAGGAACUGAGAGUGAGCUGUGUUGUUACCCGUCGUCUAUAUAUACCCUGUAGAACCGAAUUUGUGUGAUGAAACCCCAGUCACAGAUUCGAUUCUAGGGGAGUAUAUGGUCGAUGAAAAAACUUCGAUGUGUUUAUUGACUUUGAUCGGUCCUUUUGAGCGCGAUGUGCGGUCGGAGGCUGCAGUGACAGCGCCGCUGUGUGAAGGAGAGUCAAUCUGACAGCAGCACAUACUUCAUAAGGAAAAGGCUCAGGGCGCAGUUGAAACUCUAUCGUCUUUGCGGGAAUCUGAUACAAAGUGUUUCACGUGGAAAUGGCCGUGAUUAGGAAUUACAGGCUGCGGUUGUGUUUAUAUGUUGGAAAGGAAAUGAUUUGGUAAUAGAAACUAAGCCUGAGUCCACUCCAGCUGUAGCUUUUCUCUCCUGUGGCUCGUUUCUGUCUCUACAUUAUUGAUUCCCAGAGGCUGCUGCUGCUGCUGCUGCUGCUGCUUUUGGCCAAUAGGCUCCUGAGACGGUUUUUUUUGGUCAAAGGGAUGAGAGAAGAUGAAGUGAUGAGAUUGGUGUAACUUUUGGAUGACCCCUUCUUGACAAAGACAGUGUCCAUCAAUUGUCCUCAGUCAUUAUUCGCUGCUUCUAUGCCAAGGGGCUUUUUGUCUUUUGUUGGUUUCUCUGUUGAACACUGCGCCUUCAAGUUACACUUUAAAAAAGAAGAAGAUGUGUUUAAAUCUGUUUACAUAAUACAGCAUCAUGACCACGGACUUUAAUUUUUAAUUCUAUACAUUUGUACACCUUUUAAUUGAAAUAAAACACUGAAUUGUGUUGUAAUAUUUGUUUUUCCAGCUUGUUUUGUUUUUCUUUCCAAACUUAAAACACUGGCAUUUCACUGUAAUAUUAUAUAACGUGACAUUAAUCCCUGGAUGCAUCUUAAGUCAGAUAAUAUUGCUCUUAGUUGUAUGUUUACUCGCGUAUGGACCAGCAUCACCUCCAUUGGCCGAUCUGGUCACAUGGUUCGCUAACUUUAUUCAGUUGACACCAAGUAGGAGGGCUUUAUGGAGGGAGGAAAAAAAGACAACUCGAGAAAAAUUAGUAUUUUCUACCUUCAGAAAUUAAUGGCCAUGAGUUCGUAUAUGGUGAACUCUAAGUAUGUGGACCCGAAAUUUCCUCCCUGCGAGGAAUAUUCACAAAAUAGCUACAUACCUGAGCAGGGCUCGGACUACUUCAGUCCCUCGCAGGACACAGACUUUCAGCAUCCAGGGAUCUACCCACGGCCAAACUACACGGAGCAGCCCUUCAGCUGCAACACCGUGCAGGACUCCACAGUGCAGCCACGGGGUCAUGUGGAGGAGAGAUCCGGCCACGCGAGUCCUUUUAGCGCACAGACUGAGCAGAGUCCGCCGGUCCCAGUGUCCGGACCCCGGACUUGUGGACAGCAGCAAAACACAAAGAGCCAAAAUGGGAUACAAGCCAAGCAGCCUGCAGUAGUUUAUCCCUGGAUGAAGAAAGUCCACGUAACUAAUAUGAACCCAGAUUACACAGGGUCGGAGCCCAAACGGUCCAGAACAGCUUAUACCCGGCAGCAGGUUUUGGAGCUGGAGAAGGAGUUUCAUUUUAACAGGUAUCUAACCAGGCGGCGGCGGAUUGAGAUUGCCCACACGCUCUGUCUCUCCGAGAGGCAGAUUAAAAUCUGGUUUCAGAACAGACGGAUGAAAUGGAAGAAAGAUCACAAGCUACCCAACACCAAGGGCAGAUCUGCACCAGCUCCCAGCCAUCUGCAAAGCAUCCAGAAGGAUAACCAGACUGAUAUCACAGCAUUAUAAGAGAGGGGAGGGUGUCCCAUCUUUACAAAUUAACUGUACAUAAAAAAAAGACAACGGUUGCCUGACUUUUGCAUGGACUGAUGUCGGUUUUUUUCAUCUCUUUAUAUAUUUUUUUAAUUUAACAAAAAAAAAGACCCCAGCAGUGUGACUCAAGAGUCAGAAAAAUCAAUCAGUCUUCAAGCCUCUUCUUUGAUAUUUUUUUAUUAUUAUUAUUGUUAUUUCAUCAGAGACACAAAUACAUCCAAACUUUUUUUUUCUUCCAUUUUUAUUUUUUUAAUUUUUUCUUUGUCCUCUGGACGCUUCACCUUUGAGGACAUUUAAUCAUCAACCUCGGCUGAUUUCAUGGAUUUAAACAAAGUCCUCCAACGUGGAUUCACGGUGAUUUACAGACUGGAACAUCUGUAGUCAGAACAGGGAAGCCCUUCUUUCAAAUUACACACACUCACACACACACACACACACUCACACACAUCUAUUGUUUCAGUUGUUUUUCUUUACCCUGGUGAAACUUAUUAUCAAACGCACAAUCAAUAAAUAAACACAAACAUAUAUAGAUCGAUAUAUAUAUAUAUAUAUAUGUGAAUAUAUAUACUUGAAGCAUUAUUUGCAUAAAAGCACGCCAAACACAACCUACUUUUUCGUAAACUGCAAAAUUCCCGCUGAAUAUUUCAGUCCUACGUGUCUUUGUGACUUGUAUAUGUUUUUAACUUAUUUUGUACAAUAAAGCCUUGAAGAAAAUUA